GGAACCCAUUCGAAUCCGAGGCUCGUCGCGGCCAGAGAAGCCCCUGCGAGGUGACUACCUCGUGCACUGCGCCGAGAUGGUCCAAGAUGGCCUGGCACGAAGAAUCCGUAGCCAUUUUGGCUCAAGCCAUUUGGGCUCGAGUCGUUUGGGUCAAAGCCUGGAGCAAGAACAAGAGGACAAGAACAAGAACAAGAGCAAGAACAAGAGCAAGAACCCGAGCAGGGGCAAGAGCAAGAGCAAGAACAAGAGCAAGAACUUGAGCAAGAGGCGGGCUUGGAUGGCGAAAUGCAACCAAGAAGGGAACGCGAACAGGAAAAGGGAAGGGUUCAGUUGGGUGCCCGGUCGUACGCGUUCAGUCUGGGUACACUAUUGUCGCCAGAAGGAAAGACCGUUUCUGCUAUUACCGCGCACAUGCAAGAGGAGUUUGGGCCCGGGGCGGUUCCAGCCGAUUGGUCGUCGCUGAAAGGUGCCAACCCGUCCCGCUCAGAGCUCUUGGCAUUUUUAGAUGCGUUGGGCUUUCGGAACGCUCACGUACUCGUAGAUGGGCGUACGAGCAGCGACGGUGGAAGCCGCUCUUAUUUCAUAGAGCGGCACGACGGUAAGGUACCCUCUGGCUGGCUAGUGCAUGACACUAUCCAAAAUAAUAUCCUCGACUUGGGCUCUUGGCAACUUACUCUUCCCUGGCUGGUGGAUGUUACAGAAACUGCCGACCCGGAGGAUGCCACAAAGUACGGUUGGCUCCUCCGCAAGUACAGCCGCCUCAUGCUCAAGGGUUUGGCUGGCCUCAUGCGCCUCUUGAUGGAGGAUGUGCUGAAUUUGUUCGUUCAGGGGUGCUUCUUGGUCAAAUUUUGGGAUAGAUGGGGCUGGCUGGCGCGUGUAUUCACGAUAACCUCCAUGAUGGCCGGUCUGACUUGAUCCUGCGCAGGACCAGUCAAGGAUCUGAUGGGCGCGUAUGCUCAGCGGCGGGAGGCCUCCGAUGGCGGGGCGGGGUUUAGGCUGGACGACGGGACACGAGUGGACGACCAGCAGCAACCGGGGAAAGACGGCGAGCCGGACUCGACUGAGCCGAAGCCGGAGGCUGCUGAAGAUAUCCGAGUGGAGUUGCUGAACGUCGAAGCUGGAGAAGAGUCGAAGGCACCAAAGAGACAGAAGGUUGUUCACUACACUGGGCGGCUUACAGACUUCAUCGCAGACGCCACGGUGGUGCACUCGAAGCUCGCCCACCGACUCCUGAUUGCUUGCUCAGUCGCGUAUUGGACGAGCAUGGCCUUGAUCCCAGUGUUGUUCGGGAGUGGGAUCGAGGGCGGAGAGGAUUCCUCCAUUCCCAGCGGCGCGGUGUUAUAUUUCAUGGCGAUCAACAUCUCCAGCGUCAUGGUGGAGCUGUGGAUCGGAAAUCACCUCGAGCGAGGCGCCUACUUGACCAUGUACUGUUGCGAGAUGGUGGAGAAGGCCUUGGGCGGCCAGUACAAGGAGCUUAUGGCGUUGGGCGCGGCUGGGUUGAGCAUCGUCGGGCGGUAUGACACUUUUACAGACGUCAUCUUCUGCAUCAUCUUGAGCAAGACAGAGCCCAUCACCGAUUUGCAUUUCUCGCAUACGUUGGGCGUCCAUGUCCACCUUCCCUUUGAGUUGUAUCACAUCUCAUUGUUCUCCCUGGUCUUCGGAGUAUUCGUCCUCCAGGGGAUUCCUGGCAUGUUCCUCAUCAUCUGGAAAAAGUAUCUUCCAGUUGCCUUCAAGCUGAAUGAGUUCAAUUUUCUUUUGGCGCUGGUGGAGUACGAGGAGGCAGAAGAGGAGUACGAAGCUGCGCAACAAGUUGACGGCUACCAACCAGCACCGUCAUGAUCUAGGUCUGUCAUUCGGAAGUCGAAAGAUCAUUUAGCUUGUGGACCCUCUUUGCACGGCAAGUGUGGAAACGUCGGGCCCACUACGUUCUACGUGCAUUGGCUGCAUUGGCCGCAGGCCGCGAUUCGUUCCUGUUUUCCCGGCGUUGGCGCCUCUGUGGGCGCCCAUUUCAUACUUGAGAUCUGCUAGUGGUGUCUUGCUGUGGGGGUAAAACAAAAAAAAUGGCCUGGCACGAAGAACAGUAGGGCAC